CGUAAACAGUCCGGCUGUGGCGGUGUGUCGUCGCGACGAGCAAUGCACGUACGCUGACGCUCGCUGCUCGUUGUUUAUCGCUGCCGACGGCGAGCCGCGCAUUGGCUAUUGACGCUCCGUAGCUGUCGUCAUCCGAUCCGGCGGCGGGUGCGGCGACGAUCGCGCUUGUUUUCGUUUGCGGUCAGCAGCAGACGACGGCUCCGUGAUGUCGGCCACGGCACCUCCGCUUGCGGGAUGCCCCGACGUCUCGUCUUUUCCGCCGUCUUACAGCGAAGCCACCCGGCAACACGCAUCUCUGGGCGGUGGACUGAGUUUCGUGGAUUUCUUACCUUACUGCAUCAGCUCGGGCGGCCUUUUCAGCACUCCCACUUUCGAGCCGUUCAGGGUUCUGCUGCAGCGUGCCAACGACUGGCUGAAGGAGAACUGCACCUGGGAGGUGAAGACAUGCGAGAGCGUCGAGUUCAAGACCUCGUCCGAGGUGGUCAACACCGAGCGCAUGACCUACUACGAGUACGGAGAGCAGAGCACCCGCUACGUGCGCAGCCUGAGACUGUGGCUGGUUCCUCGGCUCGACCAGAGUCGGCCUGCCCAGCAGCUGGAGUACCGCAACCUCAUCCCGCAGCAGACGGGUCAUGCAGGCCUGUUUGGGAUGCCCACAUUCGAGACGCUGCACGAGCUUCUGGAACGCUACAACCAGCAGUUAAUGCACCAGCCUGCACCAGGGCGUGUACUGGCAGUGGAGACGCAAGAGAUGAAGAUUCCCAGUUACUCAAACUUCGACCCCGAUCGGUCGUACUGGUCUGAGUACGGCGGGCGCAACCGACACUUCCUCUUUGUUGUCCGUGUCUUCUAUGAGCUUGGCUCCACGAGCUGUGAGGAAAUCGGUGUGGCAGACUUCGUGCCCCUGCGGCAGUCGACGGGUGGCCUCUUCUCAUUCCCGAGGUACGAGCCGUUCAGCAACGUGAUUGGCCGCGCAGCACAGUGGUGCUCCCAGCAGGGCUCGCUGCGUUUCUGCAAUGCCCAGUCCCUUGAGAUCAAGCUGAAGUCAGGCACCAUGGUGGACACGCAACGCAUGUCGUACACGGAACAUGCGGAGCGGACCACCUUCUUUGUGCGAGUGUUGAGGGUGGCCUAUAGCAAGGAGCCAGUGCCUGUAGAAGGGGGCCUGCCACCUUCCCCUCCUUUAGCUCUUCACUGCAAGACCUUCAUGCCAUUGCAGCUGACGCGAGGAAUCUUCGUGCCCGAGUUUGAGAGCCUGUCGGCCACCAAGAAGCGUGUCGAGGCCUGGAUUAGGGCCACAGGUGCCCGUGUGCUCAGCUGCGAGACGGUGGCCAUGCGCCUGUUCACCGGUGGCGAGGCCCAUGCCGGCAUUGAAAGCAGCUUCACGUACAACAACGGCAACCGCAGCGAAUACUGGAUCUUUGUGCUGCGUGUGUACCUGGACGGCUCCUACCAGGAGCCUCCGCAGGAAGUGAUGCCUCCUCCGCCAGAGGUGCGCGACGUCGGCUGCUGCGCCAUUCUCUGAGCUGCGCGCCUGGCUUCGCUGCACGCUUCGACUCCCUGUCUCUGUCUUCUAUGGUGUACGUUUCCUAGUGUAGGCUGUGUACCUUACCUAGAGAAGCCUAGGGGUGCAGUGGAAGCAUAGUGCUUGGGGAAUCUCCUGGACAUGCUGUGUGUUCUGCUUGCUGGGUGUAGUUCGUCUCGUCAAAUGUGCCCUUUCGCCUGCCUUCUGCCAGCGGCCUAACCUUUUCUGCCAACGCUCUCUCAUCUCGUCCGUCAGUCUUCGGGCGGACACACAUCACCUCGUGUUGGGUGAUUUCUGGUGCCCCCUCUGCCUGCUUGGGUGCAGGUGGACAAUGCAGUCUCCUUGGGUGUGCCGUUACACUAGCGGGUACGGAAACGCACGGCCUGGCUAUCUUACCGGGAGUACCCGGACGUUACUGCGGGGGUGCCUGCAGAGAGUCUUAAAGGUGCCUAUCUCGUGUGAGCGUUCGGUGUGUGUUAAAUUACUGCCACUGCGCUUAUCCCGUGUCCAAGGCAGCCUUUUUCGGUAAGGCACGAUAUCUCGUCACGUAUGUUCAACCGGUGAUUGACUGGACGGGGACCUCGGCACCUGCCUGGCAGAGACACUUAUCUUGUUGAAUGGACACACUUCCAAUGCAUCUUAUUUCAUCAAGCAUCUCCAAGUGGCCCGUUUGUGUGCGAGGGAGGCCCGAUGCUUGGUUCCCAGCCUGCGUUCAACGGAGUGACUGUACUUUAUCGCAGUCGACCUUGCCUUGUGCCCCGAAGGUCAUCCUCGUGUACUGUAUUUUCGGAUAUGUUCGCACAAUUAAUGUGAAGCUCUAUGUGCCUUCAGCCGCUUGAUAUGACUCUCUAUACUGGAAAAUGCUUCGCUUUGAAUGUUUCUUAGUGUGUUCACAUGUUUAGCGACAGAUAAGCUACCUGUAUAGCUUUGCUAGUUGCAGCAGCUCUAACCAGCAACCGUGCAUAAUGCAUUUCUGGCGUGGAAUGGGUACGUUCGUGUGUAUUCACCUUAUGCAAUUACAGUACUUCACUGAAACCCCAAGUGAAAUGCAUUCCGUGGUGCCACUCAUUAAAAUGCAUGUGUGACGGUGCGCAUCUUGGCCGUGACGAACGCAGAGGUAAUCUCGUGACUGAACUGGGUCGUGACGAUGUGAGGCAGCGUCGCACUGAAAGGACAGUUGGCCGCAAAUGUUUUCUACAGGGCCUAAACUUAGCGACAUGCAUGAGUUUCCAUGAUGUUGGGUCACGGUGCUUCAGAGUUAAAGGAUCACUGCGUUACCCACAAAACCUAGCACAUGGCUGCAACUUCGAAUUCGUGACUGUGUGCCCCGGCUUUGCAUGAAUUGGAUUUCUUUUUCCCCCGAUUACACGUGCCAUAAACAUUUGUUGCCGACUGUACUCUGGAAAGAUACACGACAUGGUUAGUGUCUCAGUUUAGAGCUGCUUCCUUCCUUGGCUGAUUGUAUGUAGCCAUUUGUUUGUGGUAUACAGUCUACCAAUGUCCUGUAUGUGAUAUGUGUGCUGGCAAAGGUAUGCCAACGUACAUGUGCAGUACUGAGCACAGGUUGCAGAUUAGGAAAGCUCAGUAAUUUAACAGAUUUAGCAAAGAAGAUUGUUGUAAGCACAUAACAGGGCAUUGUCACGACGGUACUGUGUGAUGAGAGCUGCUUGUUGCACUCACAGAUUGCCUGUCAAGCGGUGCUUGAGUGUUGAAUGCAAACAUUAUCAUAUUAUUUUUAUCGCGAAAGCGUUUCUUGGAUAGGUUGGCAGAAGCGUGCGCCCAACUGGCAUCGCCGCCACAGUGACUACCUGGUGCGCGCUUCCCAAGUAGGCACAAUUAGACCUCUCGCAUUGCCCCAUUCUUUAUAACACAACUCGGCCACACCACUUUACAGCAACCCUCUGCAACAACAACCUAGCCAAAAGAAAUGCUUUUGCGUUCUCAUCUUAAGGAUCCUCUGCACCUUUCUUAUCUAUAUUUUUACUGUAGUGCAAGAUCUGAAUUGAACAGGACAUUAGCGCGGUAAUCUGUAUUGUUCUUUUUAUUUAGUUAAAACAAUUCCAUAAUCACCACUGCUUCAUUCUCCAAUUUUUUUCCCCAACAGCUCAGGCAAGCCACAUUGCCGAGUCCUAUGUUGAACAACCGUAAUCAUAAAACGCGAUUCUGCUGCAAAACAUCACUGAGAGCAGUCCUUGAGCACAAAAUUUUUUUAAUUUCUGGUACGUUAAAAUGUGUUGGUUGAGUUACCUGACAUGUGACUUAUCGGAGGCACAGUUCGGAUAUAGUUAUACAUUUAAACCUCAGUAAGUCGAUAUAACAAAUUAUCGGAUAUAAUGAAUGAAGUGUGAAGUUUGCAUUAUUAUUUUUUUCCCCUGAUGUCUAUGCUUUUAAUUAAGAAAUAUUCAGUACAACAAACACGUGUAUUUUUAUGUGGGAUAUGACUUUAUUGUAAUGAGAUUCAGUCAUACAAACUUGUGUGUUCAUGAUGAUGAAAAUACUUUGACAUGGCUGCCUUUGUUUCAUAGUUCCAACAUUUUGUCAGAUGUGUUUUUUAGAGCUUUAUCAUUUCCUUUGUCGAACAAACUAGACACAGCACGCUGUCAGGCAUUUAUAGCUUGUUUCUCUAGCAAAAUGUUUAUUGCAAAGUUUAUCACAGUUAUUAUUACGUUUUUGUCAGCGUUAGCAGCGAAUUGCGCUGCACAUGCUGUAACAUUGUAACAUUCGUGCCCAAUUACCAUCGAGUCAUGUCCGACCUCACACUUCACAUUACCUAUGACACUGUUGCUGCAUUGUUAAGAUUUUAUCUUACCCGCGGGUGAAAACACGUCAGAUUUAUAUUACGUGUGCGCUUUCACCGUGUUCUUGUCUUGCGAAAAUGAAGGAACGAAUAUAUGCCUUUUUUUCUGUGUGAACACUCUCGUCCUCGGUAAGUUUGUGUUGUGUGGAUUGUCAGAAUGCAUAGCUUCACCUUGGCAUUGAGUUAUGCGAAUAGAAUUUCUUGUAUUAGAUUGAACAAGUUUGGUUCAACGUCUUUCAGUUUUAGAGAUUUACUGUUUGUUUGUGGCGGGGUUCGAUCGAAGUUUACAGCGUCCGAGUACUGUUUACAAAGGUGGAGUGACAAUGAAUUUCUACACAUUGCUACAUAAAAAGAGAGAAUUUUUUUGUUCACACAAGAUUUUUUUUUAGUCCAUCUGUCAUAGCGUAGAUGGCCUGACUUUAGUCGGCAACAGCUAAGAAGCUUCUACAAGCAGUAUACAUUGCUGUGGUGCAUUUGCACAUUGCCGUCAUAGCUACGCUUUCUUUGACAGUUCUAUUUGAAACUGUCGCGCAGAAUUCCAAUUUCGGACUGCUGAAGCCACUUGAUAGUACAUUUUUAACUCACUCGCACAAGUUACGACAACAGCAUAAUGAAAAACUGUUUUCAUUGAGAGGGUCAUGUGUUCUUUGUUCUAUGACAUAAGGAAGCUUUGGCACCAACACCUUGUUAUUCAGAUUCUGUCAAGGCGCUCAAAACCCACAUCUUGUCAUUUACAUACAACCUGGCGCGAGCGGUUUCGCUACUGCGGCAAAUUCGCGAGUGCUGCCACAUCUGUUGGAGGGGAAAAGCGGGCAAAUGAUGAAUUUGUUGUGUAUAUAUGUAAAAUUAUAAAAAAUUAUCAAAAUCUAGUGUGGCCACAGAUCUGCCUAUGUAUUCAGGCUACUCAGCUGUUAAUUUGAUAAUGCAUUUUUUUUUCAGGUGUUUUCACAUCCAGAAAUACUGCCAUCUCCUGUGCAUUGUAGAAUGUGUGUGACCACCGCGAUAUUGCGUUUCUGUUAUGCACAUCGGGGCAUUUUGUAUGGAAAGCCAUUGUAUACAAAUGUGUAACUGUUGUUUUAACAACACUGAAAGUAUUUCAGAGUAGCUACUGUUUUUUGUUGAUUUACGAAUGUACUUAUGUGUCAAGCUGGCAGUUCUUCAGUGUGGAACAGCAUGCAUGUUGAACAAAUGCAUUCAAUAAAGCGCUUUUGUUGGGUGCUACCCAGUGUGUGUAGGAUAUUCCAUAUAAAACUGUCAUUUCAUGCACAGACUGUCUUGGAUUCUUGUCACAAAUGGGAAUUGUGUCAGGCAAAUAGCAAUACGGAUACGUGAUCAAUUUUAACCAGGGGCGUUUGAAAAGCAGAAAUUGCAGAGUCAAAUAGACUGUGAAUUCUCAAGAAAAAUAACACUUGAAUGCUGAAUUAAAUGGAGAAAAUUUCCUAU